AUGGCUUGGGAACAACUAGAGUUAGAAUCUCCUCAUAUAGCUUAUGCAUGUGUUGGAGUAUUUUGUACUUUAUUUUCAUUAGUUUCAUUAUUUGUUAAAGAAAGAUUAUAUAUUGGUGAAGCAACAGUUGCAACAAUAGCAGGAUUAAUUUUGGGACCACAUUGUUUAAAUUGGUUUAAUCCAAUAAGUUGGGGAAAUUCAGAUUAUAUUACAUUAGAAAUUUGUAGAAUUGUUUUAUGUAUUCAAAUUAUUGCAGUAGCUGUUGAAUUACCAAGAAAAUAUAUGAAAAAACAUUGGAUUUCAGUUGCUAUUUUUUUAUUACCUGUUAUGACUGUUGGUUGGUUAGUUGUUGGAUUAUUUAUUUGGUGUUUAAUUCCUCAUUUUUCUUUUAAUGAUGGUUUAUUAGUAAGUGCUUGUGUUACUGCUACUGAUCCUGUUUUAGCUGCUGCUGUAGUUGGUAAAGGGAAAUUUGCAGAAAGAGUUCCUGGUCAUUUAAGAAAUUUAUUAUCUGCUGAAUCUGGUUGUAAUGAUGGUAUGGCUUUUCCUUUCAUUUAUUUAGCAUUAAAUUUAAUUAUACAUUCUGGUCAUGGAGGAUUAAUUGUAAAAGAUUGGUUUUUAUUAACUAUAUUAUGGGAAUGUUUUUUUGGAUGCUUUUUAGGGUCCGUAAUGGGUUGGAGUUUAAGAAAAGUUGUUGCAUUUGCAGAAAAUAAAAAUUUAAUUGAUAGAGAAUCAUUUUUAGCUAUAUUUAUAUUUUUAGCUUUUAAUUGUGCUGGAAUUGGUUCAAUAUUAGGAGUUGAUGAUUUAUUAGUAUCAUUUGCUGCAGGAACUGCUUUUGGUUGGAAUGGAGAUUUUGCAAAUAAAACUGAAGAAUCUCAUGUUUCAACAGUUAUUGAUUUAUUAUUAAAUUUAUCAUUUUUUGUUUAUUUUGGUGCAAUUAUUCCAUGGCCUGAAUUUAAUAAUAUUAAAAUAGGUUUAAAUGUUUGGAGAUUAAUAAUAUUAGCAUUAGUUAUAAUAUUUUUAAGAAGAGUUCCUGCAGUUGUUAUAUUAAAACCAAUAACUCCUGAUGUUAAAACUUGGAGAGAAGCAUUUUUUUGUGGUCAUUUUGGUCCAAUUGGUGUUGGUGCAUUAUUUGCAAGUAUAUUAGCAAGAAAAGAUUUAGAAGGUCAUUAUACAACUGAAGAAACUCCUUUACAUAAAUUACCAAAUGAAGAAUUCCCACAUUAUCAAUUAUUAUCAUGUAUUUGGCCAAUUGUAUGUUUUAUUGUUGUUACUUCAAUUAUUGUUCAUGGAUCAUCAGUUGCUGUUUUAACAUUAGGUAAAAGAUUAAAUAGAAUGGCUAUUACAAUGUCUUUUACUACUACAAAUGGUGAUCAAACUGAAGGAGGAGGUGGUGGAUCUAAUUGGAUGCAAAGAUUACAAAAUUUGGAUAGAACAAAUACUUCAUUUUCAUUACAUAGAGUAGAUACAAUGACUCCUACAGAAAAAGCUGAAAUUAAACGUCAACAAAAGGAAACAUUACAAAAUAUUCCUGAAACAAGUGGUGUUAAAGUAAGACCAGCUGGAGGUGCAAAAAGAAGAAAAAAGAAAAUUAGAAAAAGAUCACAACCUGGACUUAUUAAAAAGACAUUAUCAAGAGUUAAAAGUAAUGAUGAUGAAGAAAUGGAAGAAAGACAUCGUCCAACUCCUCAAUUUUUACAAUUAGGUGGUAGACCACAACCACCACUGCAGCAACAAGAACCAACAUCACCUACAACACCUUUGAAAAGUACAUCCUCAUCAGAACCAGAAGCAACAACUGAAGUCAAAACUUCAUCAUCUUCAGGAGAAACUAGUCCACAACAAGAAAAAGAACAUAUUGAAGAAGCAGAGGAAUCAUCACCAAACAAAAAAACAUCAGGAAAAUCAAAAUAUGGAGAAUAUCCAAAAGCAGAAAAAAGAUCAAUACCAACAAUUGCAUAUCAAGAUGGUGAUCAAAUUAUUAUUGAAGAUCAACAUGGAGAAGUUAUGGAUAAUUUAACUUUAAAUGGAGGACCAAAAAAUAAAAAAGAAUAUAAUGGAGAGGAUGAUAGUAUACAUUCAAUGGAAUCAUUAAGAAGGCAUUUAUCACAAUAUUCAAGUGGAUCAGGUAAUAAAACAGAUAAUUCUUCAAUAAAUAAUGAAAAACAAGAACAUAAAAAAGAAAGUUUAUUAGCACCAUUGGAAAGAAAAUUAUCAAGAAAAUCAUACUAUAAAAAAGAUGAUCCUCAUAGAAGAAAAGUUUAUGCUCAUCGUGUUGAUAAUUUAAUUGUUAUAGAAAAUGAAGAUGGUGAUAUAAUAAGGCGAUAUAAAGUUAAUAGACAUGCAUCAGUACCACAUCAACAACAAAAAGAACAACAAAAAUUACGUUCAAGAUCUUCUACAUUCGUUGAUAAAAUAAAAUCAUUAGUUGGAAUAAAACCAAAUACAAAAUCAAAUGAAAAUUAUCCAAAUCAAGAUCAAAGUUCACCAUCAUCACAACAACCCCAAGAAAUUCCAACUGUUCAUGUAACAGAUUUAGAAAAAGGAACUCAUCAUAAUAUAAUAAUUCCACAAGAUGAUAAAAAAUUACAUCCACAUCAUGAUAAAAUAGAUAAAAUAGAAGAUAAAAUUGCAUCAAUUUUAGAAACAAAACAUAGAAAAGGAAGUCAUCAUUUAAUUAAAAAGGCAUCUCCACCACCACCACCUGGAAAUAAUCAUGCAUUAGACGAAGAAGAUAUUGGAGAAGCUGAUGAAGAACCUAGUUAUGAAGAUGAAAUAACUACUGAUGAUAAUAAUGAAGAACUAGAUGAAAGUGAUGAAGAUGAAGAAACUGAAGUUGAAAAAAGAAGAAGGUUACAAGCUUUGGGGAAAUUACCUAAUAAAAAUAGAGAUAAUAAUGAUGAAGAAUGA